GUUGCUGUUAGAACACGUAUGACAUAAGCGGGUCUCUAUAAAAGAUAGGUCGGCGGAGACCCGGCACAGUUAGCAUCAUGGCUCGACUAGUGCUAGCUACGUGCGCCCUAGGGCUCCUCGUCUGCGCCCACGCCUACCCAGGUGGUUAUGGCGGGGGUAGCAACGGAGGCGGUGGAUACGGAGGAGGUGGCGGCGGCGGCGGCGGUGGCGGUUUUGGCGGCGGCAGCGGAUUAAGCGGCGGCCAUGGCGGCGGUGGUGGUCUAGGAGGCGGCAACGGUGGCGGCGGUGGUCUGGGAGGCGGCAACGGUGGCGGCGGUGGUCUGGGAGGCGGCCACGGCGGCGGUGGCGGAUUAGGAGGCGGUGGCGGCUACGGCGGCAGCAACGGCGGUGGUGGUGGCCACGGAGGCGGUGGAUCCGGCGGAUUUGGUGGCGGAAACGGAGGCGGCCUUGGCGGCGGUGGCGGCGGUGGCCACGGAGGCGGUGGAUCCGGCGGUUUCGGGGGCAACAGCGGCGGAGGUCACGGAGGUGGUGGACAAGGAGGCAGCGGCGGCUUCGGCGGUGCCAACGCUAAGGCUAGCGCCAGUGCUAGUGCCAGCUCUAGCGCUGGUGGCGGCGGCGGGUACAAGGGCGGAUAUGGCCGUUAAGACAACAGCUUCAAGGCGGAGAUUCAAGAACCCCAAUGUGAUACUUUAGAUAAUUAUAUUUUUGCCAUAAUUUUGUAGAUAUGUAUGUAAUAUACGGUAUGUUUCUAU